GCUGGAAGUACGCAAGAUCGAACAUGGAUCUUCUUCCCUCCCCGUUUGAUGAUGCCAAGACCAUCAGUGUUUUUGAUCAUACCUGCAUGGAUAGGGCUUGUGAUGGAGAAGAGAAACCCGUCAUUGAUUGAUUGACUGACUGAGCAUUCGCCUACCGAGUCUGCAUCGGAACAGUUAUCAGUAGUCGUUGUAUUGGCACCAUGAGUCUCAACAUCUUAAAACUCUACCAACAGUGUGCCUCCUACGGAAACUUCGGCAAGCGCAUAUUCAGUAUUGCCUUUUGCACUCAGGCACCCUACUUUUGGACCAUUCGUCCCUUUGUGGCCCAGCUGGAACCAGGCAAGACGGUGGUCACAAUGCCUCACCGGAAACUAAGCAGCAAUCAUCUGGGAACACAGCAUGCCAUUGCUUGCUGUAACUUGGUGGAAAUGGCCAUGGGAUGCGUCGCCGAAGCCACGCUGCCUUCUCAUUUACGAUGGAUCCCACGAGGAAUGGAAGUGAAGUAUCUGGCCAAGGCCAAUGGAACCUUGACGGCAACCAGUGAGAUCGAUCCGGUCACCUUUUUUGAUCUGGAGGAGUACCCUGGAAAUGUACAAGUACCCGUCGUUGUCACAGAUGAUCAAGGGAAACAAGUCGUCACCGCCAGCGUAGAGUUGUACAUCAGUGAAAAGCCAGCCAGAAAGUAGAAAUGCUAGUCAAGAAAGGAAUAAGAUAGUCUUAUAAGGAUGAGCUCUGGGUAGUAAACUAGACAAGAGAGAAUGUCAUACUAUACAGAAUAUUAGUAUAUUUAUACACUAUUCA